AUGGCAAAUACCAAGGUUACAGCUCGAAAGUCUAAAGAAAUAUGUCCUGUAUGUUUUCAUGAAGUCGACGGGAAGGAAAUCUGGAUCGAACAUGUUAUGAAGUGUACACGGAACUUGUUGGUGUGUGAGAAAUGCCAUGUGUCUUUCAAGAAGAAGGAAUAUUUCCUGAAACACAUGAAGAUGAAGCAUCCUGAUGUGGGUCCAUCUGAAGAAACAGAUAAAGACGCACCUAGUAUCAGUACAAUGCGAAAAGAUUCCACAGAUUAUGAUAGUGAAUGGGAUGAAGAUCCAGAAAUCCAGUUGGGAGAUGAUCCCGCAGAACGGAGCAUCGAAUCUCUUCCCAGCACUAGUGACCUGGUUGUUGGGCGUAUGGUGAGGAAACGAACGGCACCUAGCCCUGUGCACACAUCAAGAAAGGUGAUGAACAGAACAGAAGUUCGAUCUGUUUCAACAGGGGUGUCCAUCGGAACUCAGACAGAAGGUCGUAUGAUGAUACAUCAGUACACCCAGACUGAAGGUACCAAGAAAAGGAUGAAGGAGGUUACUAUCACAAAGUAUCUUGAAAAUGGACGAAGCGUAAAGAAAAUCACCGAGAGUGAAGUGUGUUUUGACAUAUAA